CACCUCUGUGACCCCAGCUGUCUUUUUUGGCAGGGGUGGGGGCACUGACUUUUGUGAUGUCAGCGGUUUGCUUAACACCAUUCUGUAUCUUAAACAGCAUAGCUGUGAGGUUUUGGUUAAUGUCUGGUUUGUAGAGUGAUGAUGUCCGCUCUAGUCUUUUGGUUUUCCCGUCUCUAUGGUAACACGGUCUGUUUCACCGUGCUGCUGUCAGCUCACUGCUGCCUUAACGGUCCUCUGAUGGCUUCCCUUUACACGUUUUUUUUUUUUUUAAAUAGAUGCUUUUUGGCUGUCUUCCUGUCAUAUAAGAUAUAUAUAUAUAUAUAAAAUAGUUAUUUAAAUUGUUUUUAAAUGGACACCAGUUUUACCUGUUUUUAAGAAGCUUUUCUGCCUUUUUGUAUUAAAUCACAGCAAACCCAACAGUGUUUUAAUCAGUGAACCAAAAUCCCCUUUAAUAAAACUUUAUAUAUUUUUGAUUCAGAUGUCUAGCUUGCAGCAGAUGAGGAGAUGGUCAGAUGGAGAGUAACGGCACAGGUCUCUGUGUACCGCCGCCUGGUCAGCGGCGUGCACGUGAUGUCACUGAUGUAUACAGGAACUCAGGUGCAUGCAAGCAGACUGAAGUGCAGUGAUUGUAUUUUCUGCUGCGGCGCCCUGUGGGAUGUCGGACUGAGACCCAUCUCUGGACCUAGUGCCUAUAAAAACUCACUGAACCGCUUAAAACCAAGAGUAGUAAGGAGUGAUGGUCGUGGCCUCGCCGGCCUGGACGCACGGGCGGAGACAGUGGCUGUGACUGGAGGAUGUGCAUGUUGGGGUCACCAUGGCAGCAGACCAAGCUGCUCAUCCCAUGCAUCCCCAUCCUCGAACAAGUCCUGUAACUCUUACCGGGGGAUCCAGAGGCAUUGCCAAGCCAAAUGGGAAAUACAAUCCCUCCAGCAUGUCCUGGGUCUUCGCUGGGGUCUCCUACCAGUUGGACGUGCCUGGAAGACCUUCCUAGUAAGACAGUUAGGGGGCAACCUCACCAGAUGCCUGAACCACCUCAGCUGGCAUCUUUCGCUGCGAAGAAGCAGCAGAAGAGUCCCUCACAUGGUUGAGCUUCACACGCUCUCGGAGUGUAAGCCCAGAUACCCAACAGAGGAAUCUCAUUUCUGUCACUUGUAUCUGCAACUUUAUUCUUUCAUUACCCAAACUUCGUGACUAUAGGUGAGGUUAGGAGCAUAAAUCGUAGGGUAAAUUGAGAGCUUUACCUUCUGCCUAAGCUCCAUCACUACAAUGCAUCUGUAAAACAUCAGACGCCGUCCUAGUCUAUCGAUUUCACGCUCCAACUUACCCUCCCACUCAUGAACAAAACCCCAAGAUACUUAAAACUCCACUUGGGGCAGCAACUCUCCCCAGACAAUCCACCACUUCUUGACCAUGGUCUCAGAUUUGGAGGUGCUGAUUCUCAUCACAGUCACUUCACACUCGGCCUCAAACCUGCUCAGUGUGCAUCGGAGGUCACGCCUGAUGAAGCCAGCAGAACCACAUCAUCUACAAAACGCAGAGGUGCAACUCUCAGGUCAUCAAACUGAACACCCUCCAGUCCCUGACUGCACCUUGAAAUCCUGUUUAUGAACAUCACGAACAACACUGGUGACAACAGGCAGCCCUGGUGGAGUCCAACACCCACUGAGAACGGGUCCAAUAUGAUGCUGAGAAUUUGUGUGCACUGAGAAAGUUAAAGUGUAAGUUGUUUGUGUGAGAGUGAAAAAAACAACAAAAACCCUGACUUCAUAUUUACUGAUCCAUGACCUUAUUCCCCACAGCUAUAAAUUCUACUGUCUCAGGUUCUCAGGUGUUUGGGAACUUCACAGGUAGCAACGUUUUGGCUUCUAUCAAUAAGAAUUAUUAAUAAUAAAAAAAAACUUGAUUCUGUCCUGCAGGUGAAUGACAGGAUUUU